AUGAAAUCUUCUCCUUCGCUUAACCGUCGUCUCAGUUUGAAGCUCAACCUCAGCCUUCACCUCAUCCCGCGAUUCAACCUUCUUGCGUCGCCGCCUUCAUUGCUCCUCCACUGUUGUGCCAUAAACGGCGAUCUCAUUCCGCUCUCGUCUCUCCGACUCCGUCAACCUCCGUUUUGUUACCGUCUCAUCCUACAUCAGAACCACACAGAGAACCCAAAGCUUCGAAGCUUACGAAUCGGUCGGAGUUCGUCCAGUGCAUUUUCGACGGUGGAGAUUAGAAUCGGAAAACCAUAG